CCAAAAUCCCAGUAUCUGGCCUAAUCUAGUUAUUAUCAUACAUGGCGGUCACCAGUGGGGGGCGGUAACUGGCUUCCGCCCUUAACCUUUUGACUGAAGAAAAGUGGCUUCCGCAGUUGCGCACUUUCGCAGAAGACUCUAUCGCUUCGAGAUCACAAUGGCAGGUCGCAGAGUAGCCCUCAAAGCCAUCGACUGGGUGUCGUUCGCCGAGCGCAUCCCAGCCAACCAGAGGAGCAUGUUCAACGCUCUGAAGACCCGCAGCGAUGCCAUCUCUGCCAAGCUAACUUCUCUGCCACCGACCCCUGUCGUCAUUGACUGGAGCCACUACAAGACUAACGUGGCCAAGGCCGGCAUGGUGGACGAGUUUGAGAAGAAGUUCAAGGCUCUGCAGAUCCCUGAGGCUGCGGACACCCAGACCAGUGUAAUCACUGCACAGGAAGCAGAGUCUAACAAGAAUGCAUUGGCCUACGUUGAAGAAUCCAAGGCCCGCAUUGCUCAGUAUGAGGCACAGCUGGCCAAGUUAACCAACAUGAUUCCCUUCGACCAAAUGACUGUCGAGGAUCUCAAUGAUACUUUCCCAGAGACCAAGCUGGACAAGGUCAAGUACCCAUACUGGCCACACAAGCCCAUUGCUGAGCUGUAAUCAUACCCACCUGGAACCUCUCACAAUAAAUAUGUAUUUUAAAUGUCAA